UCAGACAUGUGUAUAUCUAUGUUGAAAAAUCUAGAGAGCAAUGACGUGUGUGUUGGAACGAUCAUCAUGGACAAUGACUCUACAACGAUAUCUAAAGCUCGUUCAGAAGUGAAAGCGGACCUGAAAAAGCAGUGCGACAGAAAUCACCUUCUGAAAGACUUUACAAAUAAACUUUAUGACAUCAGAAAAGCCAAAAACUUCAGGGAACUCACACCAAAAACAAUUUCACACAUAUCAAAGUGUUUUCGAUACUGUGUAUCACAAAAUCAGGAGGAUACAGAAAAAAUGAAGAAAAAUUUAUUAGCACUGGGAAAACAUGUCUUUGGAGAUCAUUCAUAUUGUGGUUCAUGGUGUGGAUAUUUGCAGAAUCCAUUGAAGUACAAGCCAAAACAUCUUCCUUACAGCAGGUACCUUUGCGAUGAAAAGUUGAAGAUCACCCUUAUGGAUCUGCUGCAUAAAUAUUCCAGUGAUGCUGAUAAGUUAACCCAUCUAGGGAGUUCUCAGGCUAAUGAGAGUCUCAACAAUGCCAUUUCCAGCAAGGCUCCUAAAACCAAUUUCUUCUCUGGAUCAGAAAGCAAUGACUAUCGAGUUGCAGCAGCCAUUGCGCAAAAGAACAUUGGCUAUGGAUAUGUGACUGAUGUGUGUCAAUCUGUGAUGUUAUCUCCUGGGGAAAUAACCAAAAAGAUUUCAGAGGAAUAUGACAGAAAAAGGGAGAAAGCAAGAGAAAGAGAAAGCACAAUACAGUUCAAAAAGAGAAGAAGGGAAAAAAAGGAGCAGCAAAGUAAUCACCAGAAAACUUGUGAAGUAAGAGAGGGAAAAUCAUAUGAGACAGCAGUUGAUAUGAAUAACAACAUAUGCUCUGAUGAUAUUUGUGAAAUACCUCCACCGCAAACUGAACAAACUUGCAAAGAACUGAUACCUGGAGUGGAAUAUGCUUAUGUGUCAUUUGAUCUUGAAACUACAGGACUUGGUAAUGAUUCUGAAAUUACUCAGAUUGGAGCAGCCUACAUACACGACAAAAGCUACAGCCAGUAUCUCCUGCCUUCUAAAAGGAUUUCAACCAGUGCGAUUGCUCUGACUGGUCUUACCGUUGCUGGGAGCCAAAUGUACAAGGAAGGCGAACCUGUUCCAUCAACAUCCACAUCUGAAGGACUUACCAACUUUUUUAAGUGGCUUUCUUCAAUUCAUAAACCUGUUGUGUUAGUGGCUCAUAAUGCUAGAUUUGACGCUAAUGCUUUUUGUCGUGCUUUGAUCACAAAUGACAUGAAUGGUGAUGCAGGGAAAGUUAUUCAAGGAUUUGUUGACACACUUUCACUCUUUAGAAAAGAAAGGCCUGGACUUUGCUCAUACAAGCAAACUGACUUGGUCAAAUCUUUCAUUCAAACUGACUAUAAUGCACAUGAUGCAGCAUCUGAUGCAAAAGCUCUACUACAACUUCUUACUUCACAGAAUUUUUCAGAACACAUUUUACUUCAACACAGCUUUUCAUUUGAUUCGUACAUUAGUCUACUUCAUUAUCAUGAAAUGGUGCAAAAAAACUCUUCCUCCCUAAUGUGCUUAGUGAACAAUAAAGUUAUUUCUAAAAUGAUAAUGACACGCAUUGCGAAGUCAGGACUCUCUUUUUCCCACCUGUUACUGGCUUAUAAAAGAGACUCUCAGCAUGGUGUAUUGCGAUUGCUCUCCGAGAACACUUGUGAAGGGAAACCAAGAGUAACAAGCAAUAAAAAAAUCAUUGGAAACCUUUGCUCUUACAUUAAAGAUGUUUGUGAUUAAAGAUAUUGUUUAAACAUUU